AUGCGUUGGACCCUCUCUGCUAUCACAGGUGCAGCCGCCCUUGCUCUGACUGGAAGUACACCACCCCCUCCUCCGCCAGAGCUUAUAGAGGUUAUUGAGCUCCCCUUGCCCCCAGUAGCCCCAAGUAACGCUACGGGCGCAUGUACCGCCUCUAUCAACCCCCAUCGCACCGGUUGUAUUGGCAAAGUCUCGGAUUCAUUUCAAGCUGGCGAUUUCACACCGGAUGGAAAUCAUGUCGCUGUCACUGUGGAGUUCAUCGGUGCCCCCAUGCCUCCUGAUUCAUCUAGCAUAUACACCGGCGAACAACUCAUUCUUGUUAAAACAGACGGCACCAACUUUGCAAACGGAGACCCCUGGAAGUGUCUAAGUUGUGAUGUUCCUUCGAAGAAUGCGCGAUCUAUUGAUGCCUCCAAGGACUAUCCUCAUAUCGCUCGAAAUGCUCGCCAGGCGCUCUGGGGUCACAAUAUUGUUGAUUGUGGUGGUCUUCCACUCGUUAGCGACCUAUGUUCACCGAACAAAACACAUAUCUACCCGAUUCAUUGGCCCACGUCCAUCAAUGGCUCCGGUACACCGCGAGAAAUGCGAAUGCACCCCGACGACACUCACAUGGGCUGGAGUUCUUUCACAUCCGGUGGCGAAAACUCCUAUUACGGACGGCUGCAAUUCAACCCACACCCCACCAACGGAACUCUUCGUGUUGCUCGAUACGAUUUAGUGGAUGUGAACCUUCUCGUUCAAUCGAAUGGAGAAUCUUCGAUCAUGGCAGAUGGCUCGGAAUUGAAACUCCACAACCAAGCCAUUCUAGUUGGUGAAUUGCGAGGAUUCAGCGGCUCCGGAGAUGAAAUUUUGUAUAUUGGAGCCACACGCGAUGCAAACAACAUUGAUAUCAUGUCCGUUCAUCUGACCACUGGUGUAGUUCGCCGUCUCACCAGUCACCCCGAAUACGCAGAUCCGGUCUCAUUCUCACACGACGAUCAAUGGUUUGUGACGAUGGACACCCGAGGUUCAGAUCGUCAAAUGUGGAUGUCAGGAAUGCGCCAUGUUCCCCCCUUAAUUGAUAUGGUCGCCACAACUGCAGCUGCAUCCACACGCAACAAUGGUGUUCGUCGCUUCUUCCAGCCAAUCUUGAUCGAUCGCCAUGGAGAUCGAGGUGAAUACUUUGGUCAACAUGUCAAUUACAAUGGUGAUGGUAGUGAAGGCAGUGUCAAUGAUCCCAACUGGAACGGCAGAGCAGAUCCCGCCUUCUCUCCUGAUGGAACACGCAUUGUGUUCUGGCAGAGUCUGGUAGUAUCCCCUGCAUGUGGAGGGGAGAACCCUCUCCCUUGUCCGCUAUCCACGGCACAAGGCGGUCGAACAUAUCGGGUGAUGCUGGCGCGACUGUCAAACAGAAAACCCACGGAGGAGGCCACUGUCUUUGAUGCCCCAGAUCAGAUUCCAUGGGCCACUCCGUUCCCUCUCGGUGCAAGUGUGCCCACGCCCUAUAGUCUACCCGCUGGUAAUUUUACACUCAAUGGCCAAUCGUGUGGCUAUGCCAACGUUACUUUGGUGAAAGAUUCAAAGGUUGGUAUUUUGAAAACCGUGUCUGUGAAGUACAAGAAUUACUCAGACGACGGAGUUCAUUUCCUCAAUGGUCAGGAGUCAGUGACUCAGACACUGGACGUGUCAGAUCCCUGGGGAAAUCAUUUGGAUUGGUACUCUGAUCUCGUACAAGUUGGUGCGCAGAAUGCAACAAAGAAGUCUGGUCCUGAUGGAUUUCAUCUUUCUAUCAAUGCACUCGAAAAUAUCUUCAAUGCAAAUGGUACAUUGACAACGACUGUUGGUGGCGUGGCAUAUAACCAACCCCUCAACAGAGCUUGA